CCACGCCCCUGGUGUAAAACCGUCUGGCUGUGGCAGUGACAGCUCAGACAAUAUGCCUGAGAGGCAGCGAGCAGGAUUAAAGCCACACUCUCUCAUGACUGAGGACUGAGCCUCUGUGGACGCACGUACUUUCAGUGUUCUGAACACGACUGCUUAACAAACAUGAGCCAACUUGCCAAGGCCCUGUAUGACAACACUGCCGAGUGUGCCGACGAACUGGCCUUCAGGAAGGGAGACAUCCUCACGGUGCUGGAUCAAAGUGUGGCUGGUACCAGUGGAUGGUGGCAGUGCUCCCUGUAUGGAAGCCACGGCCUGGCUCCAGCAAACAGGCUGCAGCUGCUGCUGCUCCCUGGAGUCACCGCAGGCCCCGUCAGCCACGUCACACGCCAACACACAGUCACUCAAACUACCACCGACGACAGCGUGCAAGACAUCUACCAGAUUCCAAGUGUGCCCCGACUCUCCAGCAGUCCCACUUAUGAAUUCAUGAACAGGAUCUGCGAAGCCCCAUCCGCUCCUAUAUCGGCUUCCAGACACCUGCAACUGCGGAGGUACAGAAGCGACGGAGCUGAGGGAAACAAGUCUUCAUUCCUCAGCAUCACGCCCAGCCCCAGAGUGCAGGUUUACGAUGUCCCAGGCCCCGCGAGACAAACCUCUCCCCUCAGUGCGUCAUCUCGACAAAUGCCACAAAAAUGCUCAUUGAUCCCAAACAUGGAGCCUGAAAAGAGCUUCAACUCUCCAGAUAGCUUAAAAUGUAGCAGCCUAUCGGACUCUUAUGUGUACGCUGUUCCACCACCUUUGCCUCAGGAACCCAACUAUGACAUCCCGGUUCCCUCAGAUACCCAGCAGAAAAGGGCUGGUGGAUACAGUACCCUUCCCAACCCCCAGAAGUCUGAGUGGAUCUAUGACGUGCCAGCUGGUCCAGAAAAACAAAGCCCACAUCCAGGUUUCUAUGACACCAUGCCUUCCACACCUAUAUACAGGCAGCCGUAUGGCUCAUGUGCUCAGCCCAUUCAAAAAGCCAGUCCAGCUCCCUCAAUCUAUGACAUACCAAAACACAGCCCUGUUGACAACAGGAGUCCACCUAAGGAGCUGCCAAGAGUCACAGUUUGUGACAAGCAACCAAAUAGAAUUACAGAGCAGUCAACAACCCAGGAGGAAUCCCCACCUCCAGCGUUCAGCCACCUCCUCGUUAACCAUGUCCCCUUAGACUGCAGAGCUGACCCAAACAUUGCUCACAAACUCAAACGGGUGCGUCUGCAGCGGAUGAGGAACUUCCUGGCUGUUACCACAUUUCAUGACCUUCCAGGAACUAAAGAAUCACUGAUUCAGGAAGAAGAUGAGAGUGUGAGAGCCCUUCGUGUUACACCAGACAGUCAAAGAAUCAGCACAGCCUCCAGCUCCUCCACAAGCUCGUGUGACUCUCUGGCUCUGAGCUCGUCCUCCCCAGAACCUCUGCGGGAGGUGACUCUCUGCCAAGAGGAGGCUUGCCGCAGACUUGUGGACCUGCAGGAGUCCGUUAACAGGGCUGUGCCGCGGCUUAUGGAAUUUGUCAGCAGUCACUGGAGGAGGAAGGAACAUCUGGAGAAACAUUUGAAGGAGAUUAAAGAAGCAGCAGAGGAGAUCGUAGAUUCUUUGACACGCUUUCUCAACUUUGCUUUGGACAUUAAGGGUAAUGCCUAUCGUCUGACUGAUGCCAACCUUCAGACCAGACUCUAUAAACAGCUGUCCAUUGUAGAGGACUCAGGUGUGAUCUUGCAGCAAACGGUGGGUGCCUUGGCCAUGGCUGGCUGGCUCCUCAGCACGCUGUGCCAAGACUCAGAGCAGGUCCAUGCACCUGAUCAACUGGACCGAUUUGUUAUGGUGGCACGGACUGUUCCAGAGGACAUCAAGCGCCUGGUGUCCAUCAUUAAUGCCAAUGGCAAACUAUUAUUCAGACCCCCUCAGAAAGAUACAGAGACCCUCAGCAACACAAGUCAGACAGAAAUAAAGAAAAGUCCGCACAGGAGUGAACACAGUGGGGACUCCCAAGCAGCGGAGGACGACACUGACUAUGUAGAACUACAGAAUGAAACUGAAAAGCAGCAAGAGCCACAAAGAGGAACAAAAGAAGCUGCCAAACCACCAUCUAUAAAGGCCCAGGUUAAUAACAAGCAACAUUCCAGCGAGUCCAGCGCAAAAGGUAGACUGUCAUCUGUUUCUGAGCACUGUCGGCUCUACUUCGGCGCUCUCCAGAAGGCCAUUGGAGGAUUUGUGACCUGCCUUCAAGACGGACAACCACCGGAGAAAUUCAUCUCACAAAGUAAGCUGGUGAUCAUGGUGGGCCAACGACUGGUAGAUACCCUGUGCAGGGAAGCCCAGCGAGAAGGCUCUGACCACAGCCUUCUUUGCAAAAGCAACCACCUGUGUGCUCUCCUGAAGCAGCUGGCAGUGGCCACCAAGAAGGCGGCACUGUGCUUUCCAGACAAGCAAGCUCUACAAGAGGUUCAGCAGUUUGCAAAGGAACUGGCUCAGAGAGCACAGCACAUGAGAACAUCGCUUGACCUCUAGAGGAAACAUUGGUUGUGCAGCAGGACCCUGGUUUCUUCAUCAAGCUUGAAGCUUUAGCAAAAUGUGACAUGUAAGCGUUUAGCUAUAGUAAUAAAUAAAAUUACUAUUGGAGGCAGAGAAGAGCAAAUAUGGACCUUUAUAUGUAUUGAAAUCAACAUAGUCUCAUUUUGACACAGUGGAGUUUAUAUGUUGCACAUUUGUGAUUCAAAUAUAAAAUAGAUGAUUUCUAAACGUUAAAAGAAUUUGACAUUAUAGUAUUUCAACAUGUUUGCUAUGUGGCUGUUUUAUAGCUUUUAAAUCUUUUUUGUCCAAGAUACAGAUAUGUUUUCUUAUGGUUAAUAGAUGAUACAGUCUAUUUUUGGUUUUGUGAUUAUCUGUAUAUUUGUAAAGAUGUUAUGCAUUCCUUAACCUUAACCUAAGACAGAGGACAUCAUAUGUUGAACUGUUAGAUAUAUUAAACUGCAAACUAAACAA